AUGAGACUAGCCCCUCUCUGGAUAAUAAGCUCCUUCUUUGCCUUCGCGUUGGCACAUGACAUUGAAAAUGAAGUGAAACAAGAAAUCACAGUUAUCCACAAGAGCGUCGUGAAGAAGGUGCCAUUGAGAACGUGGCCCGACCUAAUGAAUGACUCCAUCCGUGUGAUAAUCGAAACUAAUAAUUUAAAAAACGAGAAACUACAGGAACAAGAUUUGGUCCUUUGGAACAAUGGCAAGCGUAUGAAUGAAAAAUAUUUUAACUCGGAUCACUUCCAAAGGGGAAAAAAGCAUGUGUAUGUUUUUCUUUUGGGUAACCAGCUUGCGGGGACAAACUGCUUCACCGCGGAGAACAUUUACCAUACCCUCGUGGACCGAGUUACCAAAUACAUAGGUGUGAUAAAAAAAUACUUCCACCUGGACGAUAAGGCCAACGAGGAAUAG